UGUAGGUAGGUAUUUAUAGCAGGUUCAUUUUAUUCGUUUAAUAGUUUUUAACAGUUUGAGACUUGUUUGGGGUGAAACAAAUUUUGGUAUUUAUUUCUACGGUUGUGAAAUGCAAGCGAAACGACGAUACCUACUACUUUUCAUGUCUUGUGCUUUUCUUUUGUAUUGCUACUACGGAAAUACUAGUUUCAAGUCAGACACUUGUAAAUCGAAAUUAAAUGAAUUGCCAUCUUUUGCAACACUUGAUGAUCUGCACCUUAAACCAUCUAGACAAAAACGCAAUCCUGCUUCUGCAACACAGCCUUGUCGUAUGGAUACAUGUUUCGACUUUUCUAAAUGUGGAAGUGAUCCAAAAAUUUUUGUGUACCCAAGUGAUGGGACUGUCAGUGCUUCAUAUAGGAAGGUAUUAUCAGUAAUAAGAGAGUCCAGAUAUGUAACUAGAGAUCCAAAUGAAGCAUGUUUAUUUGUGGCAGCUAUUGAUACACUGGAUGCUGACCCCUUGUCAUCAGAACAUGUAUCUGAUGUCGCUUCACGUCUAUCGAGAUUACCUUAUUGGAGAAAUGGUAGAAAUCAUCUCAUAUUUAAUUUAUAUGCUGGCACUUGGCCAGACUAUGCUGAAGAUUCUUUGGGAUUUGACCCAGGUGAAGCUAUAUUGGCCAGAGCAAGUGCUUCCGAAAUAAUGUUUCGUGAGGGAUUUGACAUUUCAUUGCCAUUAUUUCAUAAAGAACAUCCAGAGAAAGGAGGAGUUCCACCUGCUGCUACUGUCAACCCAUUUCCGGCUCAACGUAAGCAUUUGGUAGCCUUCAAAGGAAAAAGAUAUGUACAUGGUAUUGGUAGUGAAACCCGUAAUUCUUUGUGGCAUUUACAUGAUGGAAAUAACUUGAUCUUAGUAACCACUUGCCGUCAUGGAAAAUCUUGGAAAGAUUUAAGAGAUGAAAGAUGUGAAGAGGACAAUAAAGAAUAUGACAAGUUUGAUUAUGAGCAGUUGUUAGCUAACUCAACUUUUUGCAUUGUUGCACGAGGAAGACGAUUAGGAUCCUACAGAUUUCUUGAAGCCUUAGCAGCUGGAUGUAUACCAGUUUUGCUAAGUAAUGGAUGGAGAUUACCUUUUGAUGAAAAAAUAGAUUGGAGGCGUGCAGUUAUUUGGGCAGACGAACGCUUAUUAUUACAGGUUCCAGAGCUUGUACGUUCAGUACCACCGGAACGAAUCCUUGCAUUGAGACAGCAAACUCAGUUUUUAUGGGAGCAAUAUUUUUCAUCAAUUGAAAAAAUCGUCUUCACAACUAUUGAGAUUUUACUGGAACGUGUUCUCGCUCAUCGAGUUUCAAAGCAACGAGAUCUUCUAAUUUGGAAUGCUUCACCAGGAGCCCUCGGAACACUGGCUGCCUAUGGCGAUUCUAGAUCACAUUACCCUAUUCCAUCACCUGUAUUAGAAGCGCCCUCGGCUCCUUUUACCAGCCUCGCCCCUCUUCCUGUUCCAUCAAUACCUCAGAUGGCACCUCCUCACACUCCUGGUAAUUCUUUUACUGCACUGUUAUAUGUUCAAGCAACAUCACCAGCUUUACACAAACUCCUUGCUAAUAUUGCCAGUAGCGAGUUUUGCGGGAAAGUAGUUCUAGUAUGGGACAGUGAACGGGCUGCGCCUUCUCUGAAGUCUUUGUCACGUAUGGCUGGAGACAGCCGGGAUCCACUCCCAGUAAUAGUUGUCGACGCUACCACUCACUACCCUGGUGAAGGUGUUUCUGCACGAUGGCAGCCAUUGUGGGCUGUUCCGACCGCAGCUGUGUUUUCAUUAGACGGCGACGCUCCACUUCUGGCUGAAGAAUUGGAUUUUGCUUUUCGCGUAUGGCAACAAUUCCCCGAACGUAUUGUUGGGUAUCCAGCUAGAACUCACUUUUGGGACGAAUCAAAGGGGUCAUGGGGUUACAGCAGUCGGUGGGGCAGCCUGUACUCCAUGGUGCUGCCGGGUGCGGCACUAGUGCACCGCGCCACGCUGGCGUUGUACGCGGCGAGCGGGCCGGCGCUGCGGCAGGCCGUGCAGCGCGCGCACAACUGUGAGGACAUCCUGCUCAACUGUCUCGUGGCGCACACCACGCGCCGCCCGCCGCUCAAACUGGCUCAGCGCCGCCGCUACAAGCCGCCCCUCCAUCACAAGUCGCUGUGGAGUGAUCCUGAACAUUUUGUUCAACGACAAUCAUGCUUGAACACAUUUGCUACAACUUGGGGUUAUAUGCCACUGCUUCGAUCGGUACUACGUCUCGACCCCAUACUUUUCAAAGAUCCCGUGUCUACCCUCAGGAAGAAAUAUCGAAAAAUGGAAUUAGUUUCAUCUUAGAAUAUUUUGUUCUGUAUGUUUAUUAGAAUACCAAUGCGUCGAUACGUAAGCUCGAUUUAUUAUAAUAAGAAAUAACUUAUUUAUAAUUAAUGAAUACCUACGUAAAUAAAUAAAUAUCUUUUAUUCUGA